CUUUGGAACUCUUUCAGGUUUAUUGCCAAGCCAUGUGCCAUAAACCUUGGCAUUCAGGACAGUGGACCUCACAGAGCCCAGCCCAAUGCAAUCUUAGAGAAAGUGUUUACAUCCAUCACGAAGUCUCCAGAUGGAAAAAGGUUAGAAGGCUUGUCAAAGCAGCUAGACUGGGAUGUUCGAAAGAUCCAGCGCUGGUUUCGUCAUCGGAGGAACCAGGACAAACCCACCACCCUCACUAAAUUUUGUGAGAGCAUGUGGAGAUUUACAUUUUAUUUAAGUAUAUUUUUUUAUGGAAUCAGGUUUCUCUGGACGGCACCCUGGUUUUGGGACACACGACAGUGCUGGUACAACUACCCUUUUCAGCCUCUAACAUCAAGGCUUUAUUAUUACUAUAUCUUGGAGCUGGCCUUCUAUUGGUCUCUCAUGUUUUCUCAGUUUACAGACAUUAAACGGAAGGACUUCCUGAUCAUGUUCGUCCAUCAUUUGGCUACAAUUGGACUCAUUACAUUCUCUUAUAUGAAUAAUAUGGUGCGGGUUGGAACUCUGGUGCUGUGUCUCCAUGAUGCAUCAGAUUUCCUUUUAGAGGCUGCAAAGCUUGCCAAUUAUGCCAAGUACCAACGUCUAUGUGAUGCUUUCUUCAUGCUCUUUGGUGUCGUAUUCAUUGUUACACGGUUGGGCAUUUAUCCUUUCUGGAUUUUGAAUACAACCCUAUUUGAAAGCUGGGAGUUGAUCGGUCCUUAUCCUUCAUGGUGGCUGUUCAAUGGGCUCUUGGUAACCUUGCAGAUCUUGCAUGUCAUCUGGUCUUACCUCAUCGUUCGCACUGCCUACAAGGCCCUCGUGCGGGGAAAGGUAUCAAAAGAUGACCGCAGUGACGUAGAGAGCAGCUCUGAAGAGGAGGACAUGACUCCCAACAGCACAAAAGGAGUUUUCAGCACUUCGAGUAACGGCUCCAACCGCAUUAACGGCCACGUGGCUAGUGGCCAGUGGACAGAAGAGGAGUAAGGCCGUGGGUUGGCCUUGAGCAAACACGAACUUAUCUUUAAAUAUCUAGAUGUGUUGAGCUCCACAUUCCCAAGUGAUCUUUAAUCAAGAUACCCCUUCCCCAGAAACCUCCAGCAAAUCCACAAUGGGCACAAUCCAAACCAGUCAGAGGCUUUGCACGACAGAAGGGAUGAAGCCAAUGACUAGGGCAACAACAAAGCUGCAGAUUUCACUUUAAGCCAUUUUGUACUUAAAUCCUAGUCCCGUUGGUAUUUGCGGAGGUGUCUUUGUGACAAACUGGUUUUUACUCAACUCAAGGCGGAACAAGUUUGGGCCAGGCUGGCUGCCGGCCGCAGGAGGGCUUCGGUGCCGUUUUGGUGAUGGUUUGCUCCAGCACCGGUUCAGCAGAUCUCCUCCACGCACUCCAGAAGCCACUAAAGAGCACGGAGAACGCAGGGCCCUGCAGUUCCCCGUCCCAACUGCCCUGGCUGGAGCAGAGACUCUUUUCUCUCAGUCCUGCUGUGAGCACUCUGGACUUCGGCUUGGAGUGGACUGUGCUACACCAGAAGCGUUGCUCUGCCUCGCCGUCGGGGUGCUAAGGAGAUGAUCACUUCUAUCUCUGCUGUCACGAGGGACCAGGCCAGCCUUUGCUGCCUCUUUUGGUGCUGCAAGCCCCUCUGAAGUCUCAACUACAGCCUUCUGAAACGGGGAGGGGGGUGGUUUAUUGCCCCUGAGACAACUAUCACAAUACAGGCCUUUUAAAUUUAUUUUUUUUUUCUGUAGCAAGUUGUGGUUUUGAAGACUUUUUCUAGACCCACUGGAUACAGUUGGCUAAGCUGGGACGCAAGGGCAGACCAGUAUUGGUGGGCUGUGUUUAACUUGCCACAAAAUAAGAUGUUUCAGUCCUGCUCAUCUGUGCUCCGAGGGAGAAGUGGAUGUUGCUGCCGUGAUUUUGCAGCUGGGGAGGAAUGGCAGGGCUGGAAAGGCAGCCACAGCAUAGGCUUUGCUUCUCUAUUUUUACUCAAUGGUACUUGGGGGCAAUAGAAGGCCUGUGUGUCAAUCAUGAGCAAAAUUUUGGAAAACUUCUUGAGUUGUUACCAUUUUAUACCAUUGUUUACUCUUCUCUCCGAUUAAAAGAUGCUUCAGAAA